CGUGUGUCUCCGUAUCCCUGCAGCAUCACGCUGCUCUUCUGCAGCACUAACGCUCACAACACAACCUCGAGAGAGCGAUUCACAGAAGCACUCGUUACUUUACUAUCCUCCGCUCGCCUCGCAGGCUUUAACGACGAUGCUUUGAUUCGCAGCAGAUUCAUUUGGAUCAUUCUUCCUGAUUGUUUCGCCUAUCUAUAAACGCCAUUCAUCUACAGAGGACCGCGCGAAUUAUUCACAGAUCAGAAGAGAAACGCAUUGUUGUGUCUGAAGGCGGCUUUAGUGCAGCAUCGCAGGAUGGCUGAUGUCAGCGCAGAAUGCAACAUCAGGGUUUUGUGUCGCUUCAGACCCCUGAACCACUCCGAAACCCUCCGAGGGGACAAAUAUAUCCCCACAUUUCAAGGAGAUGACACUGUCAUCAUCGGGGGGAAGCCGUAUGUUUUUGACAAAGUCUUUCCCACGAAUUGCACACAGGAGCAGGUGUACAACACCUGUGCCAAACAGAUUGUCAAAGAUGUUCUGGACGGUUAUAACGGCACCAUCUUUGCGUACGGACAGACGUCAUCUGGUAAAACCUACACUAUGGAGGGAAAACUGCACGAUCCUGACGGAAGGGGAAUCAUCCCGAGGAUCGCUGAAGACAUUUUUAACCACAUUUACACCAUGGACGAAAACCUUGAGUUCCACAUUAAGGUUUCCUAUUUUGAAAUCUACAUGGAUAAAAUCCGUGACCUACUUGACGUGAGUAAGACAAACCUGUCCGUGCACGAAGACAAGAACCGAGUUCCCUAUGUGAAGGGCUGUACUGAACGUUUCGUCUCCAGUCCUGAAGAAGUGAUGGAUGUUAUUGAUGAAGGCAAAGCCAACCGCCACGUUGCUGUUACAAAUAUGAAUGAACACAGCUCCAGAAGCCACAGCAUAUUCCUCAUCAACAUCAAGCAGGAGCACGUGGAGACCGAGCAGAAGCUCUGCGGGAAACUUUACCUGGUGGAUCUGGCUGGGAGCGAGAAGGUGAGUAAGACAGGUGCAGAAGGAUCCGUCCUGGAUGAAGCCAAGAACAUCAACAAGUCUCUGUCUGCGCUGGGGAACGUCAUAUCAGCUCUGGCUGAAGGAACCAAGACUCACGUGCCGUACCGAGACAGUAAGAUGACGCGGAUCCUGCAGGACUCUCUGGGAGGAAACUGCAGAACCACCAUGUUUAUCUGCUGCUCUCCUUCAGCCUUCAACGACGCCGAGACCAAAUCCACCCUGAUGUUCGGACAACGAGCAAAGACCAUCAAGAACACGGCGUCUGUGAACCUGGAGCUGACGGCAGAGCAGUGGAAGAGGAAAUAUGAGAAAGAGAAGGAGAAGAACAAGAACCUGAAAGAGAACAUCCAGAGACUGGAGGCGGAGCUUAACCACUGGCAUAACGGUGAGUUUGUCACGCCACUGGAUCUCAUGGCUGUGAUUCCUGUCGAAUCUGAUGUCAGUGAAGACGCAGCUUUAGACAAUCAGAGCAAUGGCGCGUGUGAGCGAAUCCCAGAGGAACACAAGCUGAAAUAUGAGGAAGAGAUAUGCAAACUCUACAAACAGCUCGACGACAAGGACGAUGAGAUUAAUCUACAGUGUCAGCUGGUGGAAAAACUGAAGGAGCAAAUGCUGGAUCAAGAAGAGCUGCUAGCGUCGUCGCGUGGAGACGGUGAGCGUGUGCAGUGCGAGUUGAGUCGUCUUCAAGCAGACAGCGACAGCGCAAAGACCGAGGUGAAGGAGGUUCUGCAGGCGCUGGAGGAACUCGCUCUGACCUAUGACCAGAAGAGUCAGGAGGCUGAAGACACGAGGAUCCACAACAGACGCCUCAUCGAGGAGCUGUCGCACAAAACCUCGGAUCUGAUGUGUUUGGAGGCGGAGUUUUCCCGGCUACAGGAAGUGAGUGGCCAGCAGAGGAAGCGCAUCACUGAGGUGUUAAACACUCUGAUGAAGGAUCUCAACGACUUCAGCUUCAUACUGGGAAACGGAGACCUCAGACUGCCGUGUGACCUGUCGGGUGUGCAGGAGGAGGAAUACGCCGUGGUGUGUGUGUAUGUGAGCAAAGUCAAAUCUGAGCUGAAGUCGCUGGUGAAACGCUGCGGACAGCUGGAGUCGGAUCUGAUGUGUUUGGAGGCGGAGUUUUCCCGGCUACAGGAAGUGAGUGGCCAGCAGAGGAAGCGCAUCACUGAGGUGUUAAACACUCUGAUGAAGGAUCUCAACGACUUCAGCUUCAUACUGGGAAACGGAGACCUCAGACUGCAUGAAGCGAAGAUCCGCUCUCUGACUGAAUACAUGCAGAACAUGGAGCUCAAGAAACGGCAGCUGGAGAACAACUACGACUGUCUGAGUGAAGAACUCGCCAAACUACAGACCGCAGGUGGCAGAAAAAUGUGUGUAACCGCUGUGUGUGUGUGUGUGUGUGUGUGUGUGUGUGUGCGCAGUGAUAACCAGAGGCUGAGUCUGCAGCUGGAGCAGAUGAGUGUGGAGUUCAGCGUCCUGAAGAAGCGAGAGCAAGAGAAAAGCCGACAGCUGGAGGAGCUCAGAUUUCUGCAUGAACGUCAGGAGCAGACCAGGCAGGACAUGAAGGGUCUGGAGGAGACCGUCGCCCGUGAACUCCAGACGCUCCAUAACCUGAGGAAGCUGUUUGUUCAAGACCUGACGACUCGAGUCAAACAGAGCUCUGAGCUGGAGCGGGAUGACAGCGGAGGCUGUUCCACACAGAAACAGAAGAUCUCCUUUCUCGAGAACAACCUGGAACAGCUCACAAAAGUUCACAAACAGCUGGUUCGUGAUAAUGCAGAUCUGCGCUGCGAGCUUCCGAAGCUGGAGAAGCGUCUUCGCUCCACGGCGGAUCGGGUUCGAGCGCUGGAGGACGCGCUGACAGAAGCCAAAGAAGGAGCUAUGAAGGACCGCCGGCGCUACCAGCAGGAGGUCGAGCGAAUCAAAGAUGCCAUGAGAGCCAGAAACGGCUUCAGACGGCCUCACGCUGCGCUCAUCGCCAAACCGAUUCGCCCAGGACAUUACCCCGCCUCCUUAUCCACCAAUCACAUGUUCACGCGCAGCAGGGAUCAGCCAAUCACGUUCAGCAAUGCCAUGUUCAACAGUGCCACUGAAAAACCACUGAAGAAGACGCUGUCAGAGGCCACACACAAACUCAACAUCACCGACGGAGAUGCCACAGAUGUGAAUGAGAACAGUGUGUGUCAGACCAUCUCCAGCACAAACACAAGCUUCAAGAGCAGCGCGCCACCUGCUAAACACACAGGCGAUCUGUUCUUCUGAAUCCUCCUCUGUAUAUUUGCAUGUUGCCUGCAGAUCCAGUGAUGAAUAUGAACCCGUCGGCUCACUCUAAUCGGUCAUGUAACCUCAGAUCCUUCAGCUUUCAGACUCGGAAGAAACGCUUCCACUGAACGACGUCAUGAGCAGAAGAGUUUAUAUAUGCCAGGCCAAGCAGUCGUCAGCAAACGGCUCGUUCUCAGAAAACAACAGCAUUUCUGCCAGAACAUUUCAAUAACAUUUUCAUUUAGCAUCGUCUUUGCAAGAGUUUUCAGCAACAAAUGUGGGUUUUCAAUAAACCAUUUUUCACAAGCCUUUAUACCAAUUACUACCUAUAUAUCACUCUUUUUUAAUGUAAUAAUUAUUAGGAAUUAGUAAAAACUAC